AUGCAUCGUCCGGCUACCCUCUCGCCUUCCACUCCUAACAGCCGCGGAAUGGACAAAUACGAGCAGCUAGCUGUGGUAGGCGAGGGCUCGUACGGCGUGGUGCUGAAGUGCCGUCGUCGCGACACUGGACAGCUGGUCGCCAUCAAGAAGUUCCUCGAGACGGAAGACGACGCCGCCGUCAGGAAGAUGGCGCUGCGGGAGAUACGCAUGCUCAAGAAGUUGCGUCACGAUCACCUCGUGAACAUGAUCGAGGUGUUCCGAAGGAAGCGUCGCUUCUACCUCGUGUUCGAAUACUUGGACCACACGCUUCUGGACGAGCUGGAGGCGUCGACUGGUGGUCUCGGCGAAGUCACCGCCAAGAAGCAUCUCUAUCAGCUGCUCAAGGGCAUCGACUACUGCCACCAGAAUUCUAUCAUCCACCGCGACGUGAAACCAGAGAACGUGUUGGUGUCGCGCGCGGGUAUAGUUAAACUGUGCGAUUUGGGUUUCGCGCGCGCCCUAGCCGCCCCCGGCGAGCCCUACACAGAAUACGUGGCCACGCGCUGGUACCGCGCCCCCGAGUUGCUGGUAGCCGAACACAGGUACGGGCCAGAGGUGGACAUCUGGGCGAUGGGCUGCCUUUUCCGCCGAGAUGCUGACCGG